UUUUAUUUACUUGGCUCGCGCCAUGACCGUGGCGCUGGACAUAAUAUUAUUUAGUCUGUACUCUGUAUUGGAAAAAUAGAGGUCAAAGGCCAUAUUUGUGAUUAUCUCUCUUAAUUCCUGGAUUUAUCAAUUAAAUAGACCGUUUUUCAUUUAUAGCUUGAACUCUGAACUUUAAUUUUUUUAAAUCACUAAUUUUAUGUUGUGUAAUUUAUAACUGAUGUUCGUCUACACAGCUAUUGUAUUUCAACGUGGUCAGUACUGAACGAUUGCGUGUCGUCUCCGUUUUUUCUUAUUCCUAUGUAAUGCGUUGAUGCGCAUAAACUGCAAUAAUAGUGUAGUUAUUGCCUCUUUGAUUUUUUAGUGCUUAGGUAUACAAUAUAUUUAUACACACACAUAUUAUUGUACUCAGUCUAUCGUUUAGAAAUUAAAAAUGUCCAUCAGCACGUUUUUCAACAAGUUAUUCAGCAAGUUCGUGAUGCACUUGUUCAAUCUAUUUUGUUUCAUAUCAGGUAUCGGUAUUUUAUGGAUUGCGUACUUCAUGGACAAAAAUUUAUACAAAUGGUCCGAAUUCGUUAACUCGAAGCUGACAUCAAUGCCUGAAAUACUGGCGGCCGUUGGUAUCCUACUACUAGUCAUUGCUAUCGUCUAUACGUUCGCUGCACCCAAGAACACCAAAUAUCAAUUAACUAUGUUAUCUUUUCUGCUCAUAAUCGUCUUGAUUGGUGAAUUCGUGUUGGGUGUUGUUGUGUAUAACAUACGCAGUGACAUGGAACAAUACGCAUUGAGUCAAAUGGAAUAUACAAUCAGCACUUACAAUAAAACCGGAAGCGAAGCUUCUAGACAGUCCUGGAAUUUAUUACAAUCUGACGUCGAAUGUUGCGGAAUUAGCGGACCAAAAGAUUGGGAGUUGGUUACGCGCAGCGGUAAACUGCCUACGUCCUGUUGUUACGCCAUCCAAAUCGAUGAAUCUUGCACAGAAAGCAAUUCGUACACAACCGGCUGCUUUGAAAAGUUCAAGGACAAUCUCCAGCAUAAUAACCGAAUAAUAUUAUGGUCUGCUAUAGGAUUUGCUCUAAUUCAGAUAUUUGCUGCGUUUUUAGCAUUUUAUCACAAAUGUUCCGUUACUCGCGAAGAAUAUGAGAAAAUAUAAUAAUCAUUCAUUAUUAUUGGUACCAUUAAAUAUUUAACUUAACUUAUUCGAUUGGACAAGUCGGAGAGGCCAACUUCACAGACAUGAAUUAUUAUCCGUAUUGUGAAAUGGAAUCGCGACUUUUCAACUUUGCGAUAUGGAUAAUAAUUAAUAACCCAUCAUGUCUGAGCUGGCAAGGUUAGUUUAAUACUUAGUACCAGCACUGCACACCACUAUUUGAUAGCUAUAUGUCACUACACAAUAUAUUAUGAUGGGUUGAUGGGCAUAUGUUUAUUGGAUAUCUAAAUUAUACGUAACGAUAUUUGUUCUGUGAUUUAAAUAUAAAUAUAAAUACAGUGAA